AUGGCCAUGGAGUCCAUUACCUUCGAUAUUAACGAGGCUCUGAAACACUACAUGAGCGACCCGGCCUCGAUCCCAACGCCAGAGGCUGACGGGGCCCUCUUUGACUGCGAAAAUGAGCCGGACGCGCUGACGAAUGCGGUCAUCGACCCUGUCCUCAACCCCAUUGUCGAUGCUGUCGCCGAGAACCCCGAGGCCAUCACGCGCGCCUCGUACAUGGACUCGCUGCAGUUCCUCCUAAAGUGUGCACCCAUCUCCCCCGGUCAAUCUGUCUUUCCCUCCUCUUCUGAACCCCCUUCCUCUUCCGCUUCUUCCUCCGCCGCCGGCCGGCCCCCUUCGAAUGAUACAGUUUCUGAGCUAUUCAAUCUUUCCAGAUAUACCUCUUACCUCCCGACUCAUGCAUUGAGCAAACUCUUCGAUCUCGUCAUGUCCGGCCUCGCCGCCGAGGCUGACGCGAUACUUCACGACCUCGAGUCUCCCGACGACCAGGAGACCCUCGCCCACCACAAGCACCUGCUCGAGGUCUACGGCUUCUUGCUGCAGUGGACCGUUGCCGCCGUCGAGACAAAGGCCGCCGAGAAGUCAUCCGCUCAGCCCGUCGCGCGCGGCCGUGGCAAGCCCAAGAAGAAUGCGCCCAAGGGCCAGGAGGCCGUGUGGGACUCUUCGGCACAGCUGCAGGCUGCUCUUGACACUAUGUGCAAGGUGCUCAAGCUUAAGCUGUCGAAGAUCUUCUUGACGACCUCAGAGCGCGACACUUUCAUUGGCCUUCUGACGAGGCCAGUCUAUCUCGUACUUGAGAGCGAGCAGCGCGUCAAGAGCACGUCCAUUCGCAUGCACGCCUUCAAGGUCCUCUGCAUGGCCGUCAAGCACCACGGUCAUGGAUAUGCCGCGCAAAUCAACAUUGUGCAAAACCUGACCUACUUCGAGCACCUUUCAGAGCCCAUGGCUGAGUUCCUGCAUAUCCUUGCCGAGACAUACGACUACCCUCAGCUGGCCGACGAGAUUUUGCGCGAACUCAGUAACAAGGAGUUCAACAGCAACGACACGAAGGGCCCCAAAUCCGUAUCCCAAUUCAUCGUCAAGCUCUCGGAGUUGGCGCCGCGACUGGUGAUCAAGCAGAUGACAAUGCUGGCUAAGCAGCUCGAUAGCGAGUCCUAUACCCUGCGUUGCUCCCUCAUUGAGGUUUGUGGCAACAUGGUCGCGCAUCUCAGCCGUCAGGAGGAACGUGGCGAGAACCACAAGUCACAGCUCAAUGCGUUCUUUGAUGUCCUAGAGGAGCGUUUCCUCGACAUCAACCCCUACUGCCGAUGCCGCGCCAUCCAGGUGUACGUCAAGAUCUGCGACCUCGAGCAAAAGUUCCCUAAGCGAAGGCAAAAGGCCGCCGAGCUAGCCUGCCGCAGCCUUGAGGACAAGAGCAGCAACGUCAGGCGUAAUGCCAUCAAGUUGCUCGGCGCGCUGAUCAAGACACACCCUUUCACUGUCAUGCACGGCGCACAGCUGUCUCGCAAGGAGUGGCAGGCACGUCUUGACAAGGUUGACGAGGAGCUGAAUGCGCUGCAGCCGCCCGAGGGGGCGCCUGGUCUCGGUGAGAACGCGAACACGACUGUCGACCCUGAGCUCCUGGACGACGCCACGCAGGUGCCAGAGUCGCCGCAGAAGAAGCCCGCUCCCACAAUGACGGAUGAAGAGAGGUUUGCUGCCGUACAGAAGGCACGCGAGGAGGCUGCCACAUCGGAGGCUAUUGAAAAGCUUGGCCUGACCAAGAGAUACUAUAGCGAAGCUCUCAAGUUCAUUGACGUCCUUCACGAGGCCACCGGAACCAUCUGCCAGCUCCUCGGCUCCAGGAACAAGAGCGAGGUUAUCGAGGCUAUGGAUUACUUUGAGGUCGGCGACGCCUACAACAUUGAGCAGAACAAGGUGGGCAUCCGCAGGAUGCUGCGUCUCAUCUGGACCAAAGGCAACAGCGACGAAGGCAAGGGUGUGCAGACUCAUCUGAUUGACUGUUACAAGAGGCUCUUCUUCGAAGCUCCUGAGUCAUUCAGUCCCAACGACGCCGCCAACUACAUUGCGCGCAACAUGAUCAGUCUGACAUUUGGCGCUUCGCCUGCCGAGCUCACUUCUCUCGAGCAGCUGCUGGCUACCAUGAUGAAGGGUGGUCUCAUUCCCGACUUUGUCAUUGCGAAACUGUGGCAAGUCUAUGGUGUUCAGAAGCGAGAGAUUUCGCGGACCCAACGCCGUGGUGCCAUCAUUGUGCUGGGCAUGCUGGCUACAGCCAACCCAGAAAUCGUCGUUGGCGAAAUGGAAACCAUGCUUCGUACCGGUUUGGGUGCACACGGAAGGGCAGACCUUCAGCUUGCCAAGUUUACUUGCAUCGCGCUGCGCAGGAUCAAUCCGACAGGGCGCCAGGCCAAAGACUCACUCAUCACGUUCUCUCGCCUGCCGAAUGACCACGCCGUCUUGGGGAAGCUCGCAGCUAUCACUGAGGUUCCGUCCGAGAGCAAAGAAUGGUACGGCAUGACAGAGCAAGCUAUCAACGCCAUUUACUCCAUCUCGAAGCACCCUGACAUUCUGUGUUCCGACAUCAUUCGGAGGAAAACAAGGCAGGUGUUCUCACCACAAUCACGUCCGAGCUCGCGCGACGAGACGCAAACGAUGACCCAAGGGGUCGAUGCUGACGGAAAUCAAACUGUAUUUGCGCAGCAGCCGAAGAAGCGGGAUGCUGCCAUCGGCCUCUCACAACUUCUAUUCAUUGUUGGCCAUGUUGCCAUCAAGCAAAUUGUGCAUCUCGAACUCUGCGAACUUGAUUUCAAGCGUCGGAAGCAGGAUCUUGAGAAGGAUAAGACUGCGAAGGCCGACCCGGCCGCCAAGAAAGACAAGACAGAAGAGCCAGAUGAUCUGGACCUCAUCGGCGGAACAACGGAAGAUGAUUUUACAGAAGCCAUGGCGCAUAUUCGCGAGCGGGAGCUCCUCUUUGGCUCGAAUGCUCUGCUGGCGCAGUUUGGCCCCUUGGUUUCUGAAAUUUGCGCCAACAACACGACAUACGCAGACAAGGGUCUCCAGGCGGCGGCUACGCUGUGUCUGGCCAAGCUGAUGUGCGUCAGCUCCGAGUAUUGCGAGGCGAACCUCCCUCUCCUCAUUACCAUCAUGGAGCGGUCCACAGACGCAACGGUCCGGUCCAACGCUGUGAUCGCGCUCGGUGACAUGGCUGUGUGCUUCAACCACCUGAUCGACGAAAACACCGACUUCCUUUACCGUCGUCUUGCCGACAGCGACCAGUCCGUCAAGCGUACGUGUCUCAUGACUCUUACCUUCCUCAUCUUGGCAGGGCAGGUCAAGGUCAAGGGUCAGCUCGGCGAAAUGGCAAAGUGUCUCGAAGACGAGGACAGACGCAUCGCCGACCUGGCGCGCAUGUUCUUCACCGAGCUCAGCACCAAGGACAAUGCCGUUUACAACCACUUUGUCGAUAUGUUUAGCCUGCUUUCAGCCGAGAAGGGCCUCGGCGAGGAAAGUUUCCGUCGCAUUGUGCGUUUCCUGCUCGGGUUCGUCGAGAAGGACAAGCACGCACGACAGCUGGCCGACAAGCUGGCGGCGCGUCUGGCGCGCUGCGAAACGGAGAGGCAGUGGAACGAUGUCGCAUUCGCGCUGGGCUUGCUGCCGCACAAGAACGAGGAGAUCGCAAGGGUUGUGGGCGAGGGCUUCAAGCUCGUGCAGGUAGCGUGA